CCUUCGCCGCGAUUACCCGCCUCAGCAGUGCUAAAUACGGAGAGGUGUUGUAAAAACCUGGUGUAUAAUACCGACAAAUUGUAGUUAAUGGCAUAUAACAGGCACUCAGGACGUUUUUGUUCAUGGAGUAAACAAGGUCCCAGGACCCAAACAUUUCGGAAAUAAAUGGUAUAAAAUACUGACGCAGUGGAAAUAUAAACAUAUAUGCAGUAUAAUGUGAUGCUUUAUUGGUCUGUUUGUGACUUGAUAAAGCCCACUGUGUGGGCGAAACGUUGCCAGUAAAGGGUCACAUUAUACUGCAUAUGUGUUUAUAUUUCCACCCAAACAUUUCGACAAUAAAAUGUCCUAAAUGUUUUGCUUAUGUGUCAUUAAUCACAACGGAGAAAUAUUUUUGAUCAAAAAGAUACACAAGUGUGCUCUGGAAUAAUAACUUCCAUGAACACAUGGAAAACUUUUUAGAUGUGAACUAAGAAAUUUAUCUCGAAUUUGAGGAUGGAAAAGAGCAGUAUUGUGCCCCUGGAGUGACUUGUCUAUUGAAUACUUACAUCUCUCUCUCUACCGUAGAGUUUCCAGCAGCCAUAAUGUCGUCUGGAGGGUCUGAUGCCAUCCUGGACAACGGACUGACAUGCUCAGUGUGCCUGGAGAGUUAUAACGAGCAAGAGCGACGGCCCUUGCUGCUCCCCGCAUGCGGUCACACCUUCUGCAAGAACUGCCUGAUGGACAUCGCAGCCAGGGACGCGGACGCAGGUGGGUUACAGUGCGCAGCGUGUCGGAAGCCUCAGCCAGUGAAAGAUGUGCAGGAUCUGCCGGUCAACUAUUCCCUCCUGGAGGUGGCUCGGCUGGAUGCCCUCAACUCCUCUCAGGAAAAGCUGCUCCAGAAGGAUGCUCAGCAGAUGAAGAAGAUGGACGUGUGCUCUGAGCAUGCGUCUCGCCUGGCCUUCUGGUGCGUCACCUGCGAAGUAGCAGCAUGUGGCGAGUGUUUGUUCGAGGAGCACCCAAGACCUGACCACCACCUCGUCAAAAUCCAGGAUCAGCUCGUCCGCCUACAGGAGAUGGUUAAGAUUAGAUCGUCGCGCGUUACCACCCAACUAGAGAUUGCUGCUGAAGAGAAUGUCCACCUACUGAUGGUGACGUUCGUUAACUUGGUGGAAAAUCUGAGACAACGACGUAUCAUCGAGGGUCUCUUGAAGCAGGCACGGGUGGUUCGAACUUGUGCCAGUGACGUCAAUGAUCUAACCAGUUUCAAUGUCGUCAAUAAAGCCAUAAUGGUCCUCCAAAGGGAGUUCGAAAAGGCUCAGAUUACUACUCCAACCCAGGUGUCAGUAUCUGUCCCCUUGUCGAAAUCCACGGUAAGCUCCAGCAGCAACACCGCAACCUCCACCAAACUGCAAGAUCCGUCAGAUGAGAAAACACAAGAGGUGAUUAGCUUGCAGACCACGCCCAGUUCUGGAGGCAGCCCCAUACCUCACACUCCAGAGGUCACAGACACACCCAAACCUCUUGUCAUGCCCUCGAGAAAUGCCGAGACCAGGACUGCCUCCGCCAUACUUAAACCGUGUGUACUUCCCAAGCCGGUAAGCAACACUCCCCAGUCACCCAAGGUGUCCCAUACAGCCUACAACACCACUACUCAUCCCAGCAAAAUGACAGCGCGCUCACCUCACACAAGUAAUUCAGGGUUUUGGUCGUUAGAGAUGGAGUCGCCGUGGUGGAGUAGUCAGCUGUGUGGAGCUUUCAAUAACAACUGGACUACCAGCAGAAUCACACUGGAACCUCGAGGCCUUCAUGUUUAUUCCCUGAAACAAAUGAAGGAGAGAUGUGACGUUUUCCUUAACUUGUCUGUGGUGUUAGCCUUGGCGCCGCUGGAUGCCCCUGUGGUGUUCCUGGACCUGGAGGACAACUCUCGUCCCCUGGGGCGCGUCUACAUUACCCUGCAGAUUCAGCUGCGUCGUGCCCAGCAGUUCUUCUCGCUGUGCUUGGGUGACCGAGGGCCCUCCUACGUGGGGUCGUACUUCCACUCAGUGCUACGACGAGGGGGCUCGGGAGAGGGGCUGGCUGGAGGAGACUACGAGAGCAAAGCAGGCAAAGGUGGCGCCGCCAUCGUGAGAGGCAUCGACGGAACUGACGAAGUGGCCAAGCGCUGCGAGAGAGGCAUGGUGGUGCGGGCUAGCUCACGGCCGGAGACCGCUGCUCAGUUUUGCAUCAGCGUGAAGGAUGGACCACGCUCCAAGACCGUCUUUCCCUUUGGCCGGGUGUGUCAGGGCUUGAGUGUGGUGGAGGAAGCGUGCCGGAGACCGGCUUUCUCUGUCAGCAUCUCUGACUGCGGCUGUGUCCUUCCUGUCUAGUGGGAUAGGCUCUUAGGAGGACAGACGCAGCAGGAUAACAGCAAUAAAGGUGAAACUACGAAGAGGGAAAAAUAAGGAAAGGAGAACGUUUUUACGUCUUCGUAUUUUUGUAUUCUUUAUCAUGUUCCACCAUCGCAAAAAGUCAAUAACUUUUCAAGGAACAACGUACGAAUAUAUUUCCAAGACCAGACUUCAUAAUGGGCUCCUGAUCCGAUGAAUUAUAUAUAGUUACUCAUUAUCCCCCGUCUUCCUCGGAUCAAACCUUAUUAAAUAUCAAUCUUCAGGAUCCCUACAACCUCUAUAAGCCUAGUGUUUCUCCUUAAAUGUAACAUACACCACUGUACUCUAAUACAAUUCUCUGUUUUACUUCCAUUGAUAAAGAAUUUAUUUUACCAAAUUCAUUAACAUAGAAUUUUUUAAUGGCUAUCAUUUGUCUGGUUUAAACCAAAUGUUCACGAACUGUUUAUGUAUUUUUUUUUUGAGUAUAAUAAUAAUCGUAUAUUAUCAAAUACAGUUUGGUAUUACAGGGCAGAACUUAAUUUCAUAAACUACACCAGACAACUACAGCAUGACAGUGUGAUACUACUGCAAGUACAGCAUGAUAGUGUGAUACUACUUCAAGUACAGCAUGACAGUGUGAUACUGCUUCAAGUACAGCAUGACAGUGUGAUACUACUGCAAGUACAGCAUGACAGUGUGAUACUACUGCAAGUACAGCAUGACAGUGUGAUACUACUUCAAGUA